GUGUAAUAUUUAUUGAUUAAUUGAAUUUUAUUCCAUGCAUGUUUUCUUUCACAUUUUUCACUUGCACGUAAAUUGUGUAACACAUUGUUGUUUGUUGUUUUGUGCGAUGUUAAGUUCUACUAGGCAUGACGUUCACCGACAAAGUUGUUCUAAUCACGGGAGCCAGUUCUGGUAUCGGCGCUGAAACAGCCGUAGAAUUCGCUAAACUAGGAGCUCAUGUAGUCAUCACAGGACGGAAUAAGAAAAACCUAGAUAGCGUCGCCGAAAAAUGUGUAGAAGUCUCACCAAGAAAACUCAAACCGCACAUCAUCAUUGCCGACAUGAACGUCGAACAAGAUGUCGAAAUUAUCAUGAAAGCAGUAAUCGACGAGUUCCAGAAACUGAAUGUUCUCGUCAACAACGCUGGGAUACUUGAAUCUGGUAGUAUUGAGAAUACCUCACUAGAGCAGUACGAUAGAGUAAUGAACACAAACGUUCGUGGACCAUAUCACCUGACUAUGCUAGCGACGCCGCAUCUUAUCGAAACUAAAGGAAGUAUCGUUAACGUUUCCAGUGUGACUGGUUUGAGAUCUUUUCCAAACGUUCUCGCUUAUUGCAUGUCGAAAUCUGCUUUAGACCAGUUUACUCGGUGUGUCGCAUUAGAACUUGCCCCGAAAGGCGUGAGAGUAAAUGCUGUCAACCCAGGCGUUAUUACUACUGGAAUACAUAUGAAAUCAUCAAUGAACGAACAAGAAUAUGAAGUGUUUUUAAAGAAGUGUGCGGAUACUCAUGCCUUAGGAAGACCAGGUGAUGCGAAAGAGGUGGCUUCGGUUAUUACAUUUCUGGCUAGUGACGCUGCGAGUAAUAUAACAGGAGCGACGUUACCUGUCGACGGAGGCCGUCACGCUAUGUGUCCUCGUUAAAACUAUAUUGAAAUUACAUUCGAGAUUUACAAGUAACAUGUUUUGUAUGAAGUGUAAAUUAAAUAAAAUACAUAGAAGUAAUGUAAAGUGGUUUUAAAUUAAAGAUAAAGGUACCUAUUUAAAGAGUGAAAUAUUUGUGAAAUACAUUAGUUUUUAAUCUUCGUUAAUACAAUGAACAGUAUUGACUAAGUACGUACCAACUGCUUUAAUAGCAAUAACACAGAUUGUGAUAUGAUGUAAUUUAUACUGACUAAAGCGGGGUUUUCACUAAACGAGUACCCUCAAGUCGAGUAGGUACGUUCGGAUAACUACUUGCACGCUACACAUAGCGUGUAAACAUAAUGAUCUUGGUGCACUAUCAGACGACGCCCUGAACCGAAGUUCGCGCCCAGAUAGGCACCCUCAGACCUUUUGUCUUAAAUGUUGUACCGAAUGAGAGCCGUCAGCGCGCCCCUUUUUCCGGCCAAUGAAAAAGUAAAAAAAAAAGCGCACUAGGAUAUCGGCAACACGAUUGUUGCCAAUAGACCGAGUAGUUAUCCGAGAGUACUCGUAUAGUGAAAAAACUAGCUUAUGUCCCGUCAACAGUGAUCGGAUAGUCGAGCUCUUAUUAUGCAUUUUUUUAAUUAAAAA